AUGAGGAGGUCCACACUGAGAUGGUGCUGCUUCUUCUUAAUUGCGGAUUUCAUUAAUGGCCUGCAGAAAAAAAGACUUGAGUUAUUCCAGAACGUCAUUAGCGCGGAUAUGGUUGGGAAGUGUAUGAUAGUGAAUCAGAAUGGGAGCGAGGAGGAACUCAAAAAGACCGAGCUGUUGUUCUCUCCAGUUCUGAGGUGCCAGGGUGAUGACGCACUCAUCUACGCACUCACUGAAUACAACCGAGUCAUCGUGACCUACCCAGACGCCAGAAACAUGCAGUGGUGCAGUCAGAUCAGAUUCGUGCACAAAACAUUCGGGGACAACUCGCUGACAGUCCAAGUGCAACCAGAUCCUGACUUUAAGAACUGCACCGUCCUGCAAUCCAACAAAAUUAGCCACAUUCUUACUACCUGCGUCAGAAAAGUAGAGUUGCACCUGCCAUGGAAUUUCACGAGUUCAGCAGCUCCACCAAUUGAUCUCUACAUCAGCAGUCAACAUACAAACUCCGUUCCAUUCGCUACAGUCCACCACAAAAAUUUCAGACGCGUGCAUAACAUACGCUUCAACAAGUUGGUGGCCGGGCGAGGCGAGGACAUUUCAUGUUACGCCGAUGGCGAUCCACAAGCGACGUACUGGGAAAUUUCCGUCAUGGGCUUCCAUAAAUACCUUCACGAUCAAAAAACCUUCAAGACAGCUAACAACACCAUAACUUUUUUCAAGUAUGGAAAGUUUGUUGUGACAUGUGAAGCCAGCAACACACUGGAUGGAGCAACUUUUACCGCCAAUCUAACAAAAGAUGUAGGCAUUUCACCGAGUGAAUCAAUGAGAGUGAGCGGUAAGUUGGGCAAAGUGGGUACAGUGGCCUACAUUGUGUUGUCUGUCUUCGUGUUUGCCCUCCUGGUCAUCGGUGGGCUAGUGGUCGUAGGCAAAGUCGUUUUGACGAGAAGAAACGCACUAACAGGAAGUUUACAAAUCGACAGAACUUUACAGGCUACCCUGGCAGCACAAGUAGCUUCAAACGAGGAGAACUUGCCCACGGAAGAAGCAAGCCCCUCAUCGUCUGAAACUGUAAAAUCUCAUCCACCUCUUAGUACCAAUGGCACAAAUUCCUCCAUAAAUCCAGCUAGUCCUUCUAAAGCACAAAAUCCACCAAAGGGUUAA